CGGUACAUAACGCCCGACCGGCUUUGAACUUCCGGUUCUGGAGAGCAAGGAGCGCCCGACAACGAGCGAUUCCUCCCGACCGCAUUCUCGGAUUCGCUCCGUCGUUCGCUCUUGCCCGACCCGGAAUCGAGUCUCCGUCCCCGACGGCCGAAAGAGACCGGGCUCCUUGACCCGAGAAGAGAUCGGAAAAUGGUGACUUCGUCGGCGGCAGCCAACAUUUACCCGCUGUCGAGCUACACGUUCGGGACCAAAGAGCCGAAGAUGGAGAAAGACACCUCCGUCGCCGAUCGCCUCGCUCGCAUGAAAGUCAAUUAUAUGAAGGAGGGGAUGAGAACGAGCGUAGAAGCAAUUUUGCUGGUACAAGAGCAUAAUCACCCGCACAUUCUUCUUCUCCAAAUUGGGAAUACAUUCUGCAAGCUUCCUGGAGGGCGUCUAAAACCAGGGGAGAAUGAAAUUGAGGGAUUGAAAAGGAAGUUAACGAGCAAGCUUGGUGCAAAUUCUCCAGCUCUUGUGCCAGACUGGCAGAUAGGAGAGUGUGUUGCUAUCUGGUGGAGACCAAACUUUGAAACCAUAAUGUAUCCAUAUUGCCCUCCGCACAUAACAAAACCAAAGGAAUGUAAAAAGCUUUUCCUGGUUCAUUUGUCUGAAAGGGAAUACUUUGCUGUGCCCAAAAACUUGAAACUUCUUGCAGUUCCAUUGUUUGAACUCUAUGACAAUGUCCAGAGAUAUGGGCCUGUCAUAUCAACCAUCCCGCAGCAGCUAUCUAGAUUUCACUUUAAGAUGAUAACUCAGUGAUUGUGCAUUCAGCAGCAUUUUGCUUGUGGGAGUUGACAUUAUCAGUCAUUCUUAGCUCAUGCACACAGCACUAACUUAUCAGAGAAGAAGUACGGGAUGCUCUAUCUAUGCUGGUAACUGCGAGGUGACCUAAUGCCACCAGAGGUUAUAUGUUGGAACUCAUGCCUGCACUUCCUGUAGGUGUUCCAGUUCUGAUCUUCCAUUUCUACUUAUGCUGAUCUGUUAAGACUUUUUGGAUAUUGCUGUAGUUUUUUCUAGGUUAUAAUUGCGUUACUCUUGCUAAAUUUUACAGACACAUUAUGCUGUCAUUUUAACUCCAUGAUUGGUUAAAGCCAAGUACAGUCACUUCAGUGUGAUGAUUCUUUGAUGACUUAAUGGUGUUUUGUAUGCUAGUUGGGCAGCAUCUCUCAGCUUCUCUUA